AUGUCCACUGAAACAGUAGAGGUUCAAACAGAGAGUUCCUUUUCUUCUGUUUCAGUAGAGCAUGUAGAGGUACAGGCAGACCUACCAAGAAUAUCCAUUGAAAACAUUCAAAAUGAUGAUGCAAAAGUUCGAUUUUAUACUGGGUUUGUCGGCUUUCAAGUCUUUUGGAUGUUUUUUAACACACUUGCCAAGCAUGGUGCUGAUAAUUUAAAUUACUGGGAAGGAGAGGCACGAUCAAUGGGACAAAAAACUUACCAUGAACCAGGUGUUUGUAAACCAGGAAAAAAAAGAUUUUUAAGGCCAAUAGACGAAUUUUUAAUGACUUGCAUGAGAUUAAGAUUAGCACUCAGACAUGAACAUCUUGCUGACAUUUUUCGUGUGUCUGAAUCUACAGUAUCCAGAAUAAUGAACACUUGGAUAAUUUUUUUAUAUGAUCAUUGCUUGACACUAAUAGCUUGGCCAACACGUGAACAAAUUAUGUGCAAUUUGCCAAAACUUUUUACAGGACAUCCUGAUACGAGAAUUGUUGUUGACUGCACAGAAUUUUAUAUUGACAAACCAACUUCUUUGAAAGCUCAGUGGUUAACUUGGUCUGAAUAUAGACAUUCAAACACUUUUAAAGUUUUGAUUGGUGUUGCACCAAAUGGAAUGGUGACAUUUGUGUCUAGACUAUGGGGUGGAAAUGUGUCAGAUAGACAUAUUUCUCAACAUGAUGGAUUUUUACCGAAAUUAUCACCUGGAGAUGUUGUCAUGGCCGACAAAGGUUUUACAAUAGAGGAUUUGUUACCAGCUGAUAUUGGUUUAAAUGUGCCACCUAGAGUAUUAACAAAGUGUCAAAUGUCAUCCAAAGACUUUUUCAAAACUACAAAUAUUGCAUCUGCAAGGAUAGUUGUUGAAAUGAAAAUGGAACAAAUUAAGAACUUUAACAUUUUGAAUUCUGGCAUUCCAUUAACUGAAGCCCAUUUAUCAGAACAAAUUGUACUAAUAUGCACUGCUUUGACCAAUUUGUUACCUCCACUUCUGAAGUAA